AUGAAGUUCGGCAAGUUCCUUCGGGCCUCUCGAGUCAAGGGAUGGGAGGAUUACUACGUCGAUUACAAGAAAUUGACAAGAGCCGUCAAGGAAUUCAUCAGGCAGAUCGAGGCUGUCAACCUGGGUUUCGACAGGAAGAUGUCGGAGAUCGAGGAAAGGAGGGACCUUAUGAUCAUGGAGGCACAGAGGACUUACGGUGAAUAUUUCACUGAUAUGAUGCAUGCUUCUGAGAGCGAUCGGAGCUCGAGUUUUGGAUCCCUUGAUCCUGAGUCUUACAACAAGCUGCGACUUCUGCAAAAAGAGAGUAUGCAGCUCAUGUUGCGCGAGCUGUAUCAGGACUGCAUGACGUUGAAACAAGUUUGCGAUUUGAACUUCACUGGCCUCUCAAAAGCGCUGAAAAAGUACAACAAGAGUCUCAAGCAAGCAGGACAGAUGAUGGUAAGGGGUUUGAAACAACAGCAACUGCAUGUCAAUGUAAAUCUACAAGACCAGGCAUUCCACAUCGGAGUCAGCAGGGUAGAAGAAGUUGCAGAACAGGUAGAGGAAUGUUACGCCGCUCUCUUCACCGCCAACGACACUAUCGCUGCUCAGCGUCGUCUCCGCCAUCUCCACCGCCUCGGCAUUGAGUCGCAGGGCUGGCUCGGCUUCUACCUCGGGGCUUCUCUUGUCUGUCUGAUAGUCAUCUUGUGGUUUGCUACAUACUUUCCGGCCAAGGACAAAUGUCCUUACUGCUUCGAUUCCCUGGAUACAACUGUGCCUGUGUACAGCUCACCUCAGAGUCCUCUUCAUGCCCAUCCUCUGGUUGUGGUGCUGGAGUUCUCAGUCAAUUAUCCUUUCAUCAUGUCUAUCAACCCCUACACAGAGCUCGG